UUUCAGAUUUAGAAUAUGUCGACACCGAUCAUUGACAUGGUGUUUCUCGUGGAGGUUCUGAUAUCUGCGAUCCAAGCCUUCGCUGUGAUAUGUUUCAUGGCGGAACAUGCUGUGAUACAGCACCUCCAAUCAAUACUAUCUUCAGGCAUCAACCACAGAAUAAUCAUUGGCGUUCUUCGCCAAAACAACGUCAUACUUGCGUCCCAACUGAACGAAACGGUUAGUGGACUCGAACCCAUCCGGAUAAGUAGUACAUUGACGCAAACACCACGCGACAGUCAGAGUGUCGGCGAAAUGUUGUACCUUCUUCGAUGUAGACUGUAUUGGAUGCAGCUUGCCAUCCUAAGAGGAGCCGACCUAUCUAUUCUUAUCGAACUCCUGCGAGAUGAGCUAAACGAAAUGCAUCAUAAGAAAGAGUUAUAGGAUGCAGAUACAUAAAAUGUACAUACUGUAUGACGCUACCGUGUGGCCUAUAAUAAACUAUAUUUACACUUGCAAAGUUUUGUCACUAUAUAACAAUACCAGACCGAUUUGUUUACCAUUCUUGCAUGGAAACAUUGACCUUUGAACUUCGAGUUGUUCGGUCGCGGUCUGUUUUCUUGAAAUGAAAUGAAAUGUUUCUUAAAAUAAAACA